AUGGCUGCCAACGAGAACAGCCCUCCCGAGACCACCAUCGUUCCUUUCAACGACCGAAAGGUCCUUCCUGCUUGCGCCGUCUCUUGUGGUGCCCUUUACGAUGCCAACGGCGCCUGUGUCCCUCCCAUCAUCGCCGUCGAUGCUGGCCCGAGUGCUUACACCCAGUGUUUCUGUCUCGAUACCCGAGUCGCUGCAUUCUCUACCGCAACCAAGGGCCCCUGCGACGACGCCUGUACUAACGACCCUAACGGCCUUUCCUCAAUCGCCGCAUGGUUCCGCGAUAUUUGCACAGUCGAUGAGAACGCCAACAAGGGAAAUGGAAAUGGUCAGGCCUCCUCGAAGACGACGACAACCGAUGGUUCCAGCUCGACCGGCGGGAGCAGAGUACCCGCCAACACCGGCGGCGGCGGUGAUUGGAUUUCGAACCACUGGCAGUGGGUGAUUAUGCUUGUCAUUCUUGUUGUCGGCAUUGCUGGAAUUUGGAUCGGUGCUUGCAUCUGGCGCCGCCGUUACCUCCGUAAGAAGGACCGCCAGUCCUCCCUCGGCCAGAAGCACUCUGGCUCAGCAUCUCGACCAUCCUGGGGCCCCGGUAUCGAAGCUUCCGAGGCUGGCGGCAUGCCCUACAACACCGGCUACGACUCGAACAGAGAUUCAAACGGCAUGAUGCUCCCCGGCGCUGGAGCUGCCGUUGUCGAAGAGAAGCCCAAAAAGGAGAAGAAGCGAUGGAUCGUCCGUGACCGAACAUGA